GUUCUCUCUUUUCCAGUUUUGUGAUGCAGUAAGUCGUGGAGGCUGCAUGCAGCAACGCCCACCGUGGUGGGAAAGCGCUGCAAGCCAGCUGCUCUGUGGACAUGAGCACAUGCACGUAGCCUGGGGUCUAUUCCCUCCUCCUGUGUCCUUAUAAAGUGAGUCCAAAAAUCUGCGGAGGGAGCAACAUGGUCACAGGACAAGGGAAAAAUCGAUAGAUUCUAUAAGAAUAUUCUCCUUUCAUAUCUGUCUUAAACCCUUAUCCAAGUGACCACAAACACUGACACGGGUCUUGCUUCCUGUAAUCAUUCCUAUUGUUCAUACUGACCAAACGGAGAUCCUUUUUUUAUAACAUGGUUCUAAAAUGUAGGCUAUAAGUGACGGGACAAACCGUGCAUUGCUUUUCCAAAGUUUCUCUGAAGCUGAUAUGAAGCUCCCGCAGCUCUGACCAAGACAAAUCGAGUGGAUAUUUUGUGUCAGCAGGGACGCACAAAGAAACAGACUGUGGAGGAUAUCUCUGGUGCUAAAACCAAUGCAUUUUCCAAAUGGAGAGGACUGAAAGCAAAGACAGAGCUUAGUGCAAGCAAACCCCGUUUCAGUGAUCAUAUGGGCACCUGACUGUUGUUAUGUUGUUUGUCAUGUGAGACAAAAUGUUCUCGCUCUGCAUGACAGGGCCACACAUAAGACAAGACAAGAUAAGUUUAAAAAAAAAAAAAUUUGCAUCAUCAGUGCAAUUAAAUGACGUGUAAUAAUAAAGAGUAUUUACACAAAUAACACAACAUUGGGUGUGGAGCUGCCAAAUGCUGUGAGAAAUCUCAUGUAGGGGUUGGGAAUAAGGAGGAAGGCUUAGGCAAACGCCCUUCUCUCCACCGCCUCCACUGUAUCCAGAGGGGAUCCCAUGCAGGACAGAGCUCCACCUCUUGACUGGUCAGUAUCUGCUGUUGAGAAACUGCAGAACCGUAACAUGAUAACAAAUGACUGACACCACUACAGAGUCAUAAAAGGUCUUAAUGAGUGUCCCCUGGUCCUGGGUUAGUCUCCGAUAUGCAUCAUCAGCUCUUCCAUCACUGAUGUAUAGGCAACAGUAACAGUCAUUGGAAAACUUCUGCAGAUGACAGUUUGCUGGGUAAUGAGAAAAGACUGGGGUGUAGAGAAUGUUGCCUUUGGAGCCCCUGUGCGUCAGAGGACUGUGUGUGACACACGGCCCUUUAACCUCACAUACUGUGGUCUAUUUGUGAGGUGGUCCAGAAUCCAGGAGCUGAGGUGGUGAACGACACAAUCCAUCUUUUCCCUCGGCAAUGAGGGUUGUGUGAUGCUGAAUGCCCUGGAGGUGCUGAAGAUGAAGUUGAAAAUGUGAUUCUCACAAUACAUACAGGCCUAAGGCAUAAGGGAGAUGGAAGUGGAGUGCUCACUAGAAAAAAAAACCUGAAAGUUUUGGACUUGCCCUCUCCAGUUUCAGGCUCAGGUUUAACAUGGAUUGGACCAUCCCACACACAAGACUUGAGAAUGCUAGAUGCUGCCAUCUACCAUGCUGAUGCCAUCUGUAUGUUGUUGCCUUCCUCACCUUCAUCCGUUAGUUCUCCCCUCAACUGGAAGGUUGUGAGGCUUUGUUGUUAGACAAUAAUGGUAUUGUCUUGGCGGGUACAGUGUUCUCUACAAAGAAUGUGUCUGUGAUAAUGUGUGAGACCGUUGAUCAUCCUCGCCAUGAGGCUUCACAGAGAACAUUCCAGUUGGUGGAGGCAUCUUCAGUGUGGUUGACGGUUUCUUUUGUGCUACAGAACAGAUUUGUACACAGUAGCUGUAGCUCAGGAGAUAGUAAAUGGUAAAUUGACUGUAUUUUUAAAGCAAACUUUCCCAAGGACACACCGGCAUGCGGACUGGUGGAAGCAGGGAUCAAACUUUUGACUUUCGGAUUAGUAGACGACCAUCUCUACCUCCUGAGCCACAGCCGCCCCAAGAGAUAGAGCUAUUCGGGGGGUUGGUGGUGGUCUGAUUCCCGUCAACUCCACAUGCCGAGGUGUCCCUGGGCAAGACUCUGAACCCCAAACUGCCCCUGACGACUGUACUGGCAGUGUUUGGAUGAAAUGCAUGACAUGAUAGACAAAGCCCUCGAUAUAGAAGCGCUAUAUGAAUGGGAUAUGUGACUUGUACCAUUAAGUGUUUUGAGUGGAUGAUAAGACCACCAAGUUGCAAUAGGUACUAUAUGGUACUAGUUAUGCAGGCAAAUCUAGGAUCGUUGCAGAUUUUGAACCUCUUCACUGAUGAAGUUGACAAAUCUAAAAUGGAGGGUAGGACACACCAUUUUCUUGUCUUUCUUUAAACUUCGGGCUACUGUUAGCCAUGUCUCUUGAAGGUUGUAUGGGACUAUCAUCAAAAUAGGAUUGGCUCCAUGUGCAGUAUCAGGGUGGGAAAGGCAGGGGAGACAGCAAUUCAGUUUGCCGCUCUCAAAUGCUGGUUUUCCCUGUUUGCUAUCUUUGGUAAAUCCCCUAUCUUUUUUCAGCAGGGCAUGCUUAAUGAUAUCUGGUACACCAAAACAACCCUCCAGUCCAUUCCACAUCAUGUUGAGACCUGCAAUAGGGUUGUUGAUGUUGAUGGCUUUUAUUCACUUUGUUUUUGCAGCUGAAUAGGUCACCAUUGCAAAGAAAGUCUAACUUUUACUGUGGUGACAGACUCAGAUGUCGACCUGCACUGCUAAUAGAUGCUUUCGUCGUCGUUUGACUGACCAGGUGUGGCUUUUUCCAAUUGAGAAAUGUCAGUAAACUGAUAUCAGUAGUUUCAACUGUUGAACUUAAGAUGCUCAUACAUGCCUUAAUAUCAUCACGCAUUGACUAUUGUAAUGCACUUUUCUCCUCACUUAGCAUGUCCGCACUAGACUGUGUUCAGUCAAUCCAGAAUUUUGCCCAAUACACAAAUCUCUUCACUGGCUCCCUGUUGCAUACAGGAUCUGGUUCAAGAUUCUUACUCUCACCCACAGAGCACUACAUGGUCAGGAUCCUGCAUAUGUGACCGAGCCACUUCACCCAUACUGCUCAGGUCGCCCUCUUAGAUCAAACAUGUUAAAUGUACUGUCGGUACCACAGGGUAAUCAAGCUUUUGAGUCUGUAGCUCCUACAAAAUGGAACAAAAAUGGAACGCUCUGCCCGCACCCUUAUGGUCUGCAGUCUCUGCGGAUGCAAAACUCAGUUGAAGUCAUUUCUGUUUCGACAGGCAUUUAGUUGACCUUUAUGCACUAGGUCGACUAGACGCCUUGGUUUUAAUUGUGCGUUGUGUUUUUUCUUCUAAAUAUAUUGUUUCUUUUUUGUCUGUGUUUGCCCUUUAUAUUGCUUAUGUCUUUGUAAAGCACCUUGUGACUUUUUGCCUGUGAAAAGCGCUAUAAAAAUACAUUUUACUGAUUUGAUAAUUAUGUUUUUUUUAACUUUGUAUUUGGAAUUGGGUAUUUUGAACAAAACGCGUUGAUUGCCUUCAUAUAACACAGCGUUAAGGUUUUAUUUUCUCACUUCCCCGCACCGUAUGUAUUUCAACUGAAACUAAUGAUAUUCAAUAAAACAUUCAGUGACUGGCUUUUACGACAUUUCCGGUCCGCGCUGUGCCGUUCCGCUUUACGACAGUUGUGACAAAACAGAAGUGUCAGUCGCUGCUGGCCGCGGACAUCUGGGACGACAGGUGGUUAUCUUGAACCUGACGGACAAGAGCCGAGGCGUGACACCGUGACGACGGUCGCACACACACACACAGCCAAGGACAUGAUAAGGACCACGAUGCGAGAGACGGAAGACCCUUUUCGACGGCUUUCGUUCGCGACCUAGCUAGGCUAACGUACCCGGAAGCUAGCGACGACAGCUUGAUAGCCUUCAGCCUUUGGACAUGUUGUGACCGCGGGCUGAGUGCGACACCGUCAGAGCUCCACCCGCGGGCGCAGUGUGUAGACGCGGACACGUAGCCGGGCUUUCGCCCCCAAUUUCAAACACAAAAUGUGGCUCCAGCAAAGACUAAAAGGGCUACCGGGCUUGUUGUCAAGCAGCUGGGCGAGAAGACUGCUCAUAGGUCUGCUGCUCCUCCUCAUCUUCUACUGGUACCUUGGAGCGGAGCGCAGGUGGAGGUUGUUCAGCGGCUCGGCCAUGCCCGGCGGGGCGGCGGGACAGUGCCUACUGGCCGAGAUCCACAGGUGGAAGUCCCUCGUCGACCGAGGAGAGGGGAUGUACAGCACGCCCCAGGAGCCGCUCGACGCGCCGUUCGUGUCGGGCAACGGCCACAUCCUGAUCGACGUGGACUCGAACAAGCUGUGGGUGGCGUCGUCCUCGCAACCCGGCUCGGCCCCGGUCCACCAGACUGAGUAUUCGCCGAGGGUCGGCGUGCAUCUGGAGGGGAAGCGGGCCGAGGCGCAGGCCAGCAUGCUGUGGUUCCGCAAAGGGGCCGUGCUGUCGGUCCGCUGCGCCUCGCCCGCCGGCCCGCAGUCGGCCCGGGACUGUGUCACCAUCAGAGAGGAGUUUAUCGCGCACCGGAGCCGACCGAACGUCUACGUGCAGCGAAUCCACGUCAACAACCUGUCGGACAGGACCGCCAGCUUGGACGUCUCCUCCGACGACCCCUCCUUCGGCAGCAAGUUCUCCACCAGCGUGGAGAACCUGGAGGACCGGGAGAUCCUGCUCUCCUCCGGCAGGGUGCCAGUGGAGAACAGCCGCAUGGUGCUGGUGGUGGUGGUCACCAGGAAGCUGAGCAGCAGGAUCCAGGUGUCGGCCAAGUCCGAGUACAAAGACAACAUCCUGUCGGUGGUGAGGACCUCGGAGCCCAUCGAGUCCUCCGAGCUCGAGGAGACCUUCAGCGCCCUCCGAGAAGGAGCCAAGAAGGAGAUGGGGGAGCUGCUGAGGGCCAGCGUGGACGAGCUGGUGGGGGAUCACCAGAAAGCCUGGAUGGACCUCUUCACUUCAGGUGUUGAAAUGAGGAAGAUCACCGACUCCCACACGCCGUCGAGCCGCACGGUGAACACCACCCUCUACUACAUCCUCUCCUCCUCCACAGCCCCCCUGCUGGACCGGAGGCUGAGCAGUGAGGAGCGCGCCCGCCUCGAGUCCAGCCUCAACUACGCCGACCACUGCUUCAGCGGCCACGCCACCAUGCACGCGGAGAACCUGUGGCCCGAGCGGGUGAGCAGCGCCGCCCAGAUCCUGCAGCUGGUCACGCUGUGGACCCUGACGCUGCAGAAGAGAGGCUGCAAGGUGCUGGUGGCGACGGGGGCCCACGGAGCCAUGCAGGGCAUGGUGCUCAGCUUCGGCGGCCUGCAGUUCACGGAGAACCACCUCCAGUUCCAGGCGGAUCCAGAUGUGCUGCACAACAGCUACGCCCUGAGGGGGAUACACUACAACCAGGACCUCAUCAGCCUGGCGGUGCUGCUGGACGGGGAGGGGAAGCCCUUCCUCCACGUGUCGGUGAAGCCGCAGGAGAAGCCGGUGAAGCUGUACGCCUGUGAAGCGGGCUGCCUCAACGAGCCCGUGGAGCUGACGUCGGAGGUCAAAGGUCACACCUUCCCCGUAAUGGUGACGCAGCCAAUCACGCCGCUGCUCUACAUCUCCACGGACCUGCGCCACCUGCAGGACCUGCGCCAUACCCUGCACCUCAAGGGCAUCCUGGCCCACGAGGAGCACAUGGCCAACAGGUACCCGGGCCUGCCGUUCCUGUUCUGGUUCAGCGUGGCCUCGCUCAUAACUCUGUUCCACCUUUUCCUCUUCAAGCUCAUAUACAACGAGUACUGUGGCCCUGGCGCUAAGCCCCUCUUCAGGAGCAAGGUCACCAGCAAAAGUGAGGAUGGCUGCUGCGACACCAGGAGCGCUGCUUGAACGCUGCGGUGCACACAUUCCACAUGUGGCGGCGGUGUUUCUGCUUGAGCUAUGGCAGCAUGUGUUGGAUGUUAACAUAAGUGUGUGCUGGUGCUGAAUCUGAAAUGCGAUUUUCCUUCUCUCGGGGCCCCUCGAUGUGCCCGCAGCUAACUCUUCUGACGACUGUUUGAGGGACACCGCUACGUGUUUUUGUUCUUCAGGCUAUCGGCUUCAGCGUUUCAUUUGGAAUGACUUGGUGCCCAAAUUCGAGGGGUUCCAAAGUAAUUGCACGCUCGGCAACUAAAUAUCUUUUUGGGGGCGGGGGGCAGCUCAGGUUGAUCUCAUGCAAUGCACAAAUAGCAAAGAAUCUGAGUUUCAAAAGAGCACAAAUCUGUCAAGUGAAGCACAGGAACACCAGAAAAAUGGAGCAAAGUCCACACCAGUAGAGUUGAGGAACAAAGUUCUAAUGACUGGUGGGAAAAAAAAAAUCUACCUACAGCACAGGACAACAUUUCCAUCAUUCAAUUGAGUGUUUUCACUGGAUUAAAUCACGAGGACCGUUUGUGGAUCAUUCAGCUCCCUCCUGAAAAGCUCCCAUGAUCCCACACUGCUUCACCUCAUCACCUCUCUCGUCUUCUGGGAUUGUGUGAUGAUGAGACCCCAUGGUGGUGGAGGAUUACAUACGGAGUGUAUAUAAUUAUUCUAUUUGAAUCGUGCAUCUGUCCAUCCGUCUGAACCCCUGAACUUUGUGCACCGCCUGUCUAACGAGCUGCGUCUCCACAGCGUUCCUUCUAUAUUUCUGUAUUGAUAUGAACGUGUUCAAGUUCAAGCGCUGUGAGGAAGAAUAAAUAAUUUUAUUGCUAAAUUAUUCCAGGCCUGAAGAAAAAAAAAACACGCUGAACUGUUCCAAUAUCUAGGGUCUGGACUCUACGUGACUGUAAAAGCAGCUGUCAAAAACCAAAAUGUUGUGUUUAAUAUCGGGCAACGGCUAAAAACGGCACGUGUGAGAAACUGAAACCAGCAAUUGUUUUAAAUACAAAAGUGAAUGUGGAUUUCCGUCUAUGUUUGAAAAGCCUUUAAGAAAGCAUUUGGGCAGAGACAGAGGCAGGGAGAGUUUUUAAUUUCUGAUCUCCGUAGAAGCUCUGGAUUUUCUUACACGUGGAAUAAAAAAACCCCUGUUAUGAUAAUCAAGUCAAGAGUACUGAAAGCCACUGGACUACUAAAAUGAAUGUAUGAAUGUCCACGGUUGUUGAACAUCCAGCCUCAGCUAAACAGGGCUGGGCGAUAUGGCCUCAAAUUUUAUUGAGAAAAAAAAAAAAAUCGGUCGACCUCUAUAAUAAUCGUGAUUUUUGCACCCGAGUGAAGGCCGUGGAUUUAAUCUGCUCUUUACGGGCAGAGAAUGGCGCACACAAAUAUUUUAUAUCAAAUCUGAGGUAGAACAUUAAAACCAGUCGUGUAUCGUACCUCCAUUACACAAGCAAUAUAUCGAUAUGGAACUUUUGUUAUGUUGCUAUUGGUGAAAAUGAUAUUGCGAUAAUGUGAUUGUUAUCAUUUUAUCGCGCAGCCCUACAGCUAAACUGCUCUGCUGGGUUUAUAGUCUGCGAUGUGCUCAGAGCAGUUUGAAUGUAUCAUCACACCUUCCAGAUUGUUAGUUGAAGGUCCAGUGUGUGAGAUAUAGGGGAUCUUUCGGGAGAAUGAGCCUAUCUCACAAUAAUUGUUGUUAGCUUGGAAUGGAAUGACAUCUUCCACAAUCUCUUCACAUUUUGAUGUUCAGUUCUUCUACGUGGUCGGAAGAGGAGGGCGGGGGGACUGAAUCCUUCACCACUGGACCUUUAGUGUUUUGUCUGUAUCCCAGUGAACACCGGCGCGAUCUGUGUGUCUGGAACAAAAUCGUUUGUGCAAACUCUGAGGGCAAAAGCAUGUGUAGGGACAGGAUGUGUCUGAUUCAUACAGAUGGGGAUAUAUUGGCGCGUACUCAUUUUCAGAACCUGCUUCCGAACAACUUACCUCUGCUCACCAGUCGCUUUGCAAAGUCGUGUUUGAAGAUUGAAGUCACGACAAUCAGCACCAAGUAGUUCUGUCGCUGGAGAUGGUUUGAAGGCUGCAGCUGGUUUAGAAAACACUUAAAGACUGUAGUGAACAUGUCAACACCCCGGCUGUCUCAAAAGUGAAUCGUGUUACCACGGUAACUGGCACGAUACUCUGUUGACCCCUCGUUUGCCCCACGCAAAGUCAUGGGGGAUUAAUGUUCAGUUGAGAUCUGGUGAAGGCCAUGACUUAUGAUUCUCGUCAUUUUGAAACGUGUCGAAGCGGUCGUGACCCCUCUUAUUCUUUGAAACCCAUUCUCCGAAGAUCAAUUUACAAGAUUUAACUUUGGUCGAGAGGACUGACCGUGGCUGUGCACACUUCAGUUAUGAGCAUGUUCACCAGAAUAAAAUGAAUCAAUAUCUCUGCUCAACAUUUGGUCCAACGUGUCUGACUGCUCAUGUUCCUCGGCUGCUGGAGCAACAAUGUGAGUGACGGUUUUGUGACCCGACAUGUUUAGUGGUUGCCGUGUCGUCAUGAGCAACUGAAAUAAGCCCCGACCAGUAAGAACGCCCAGCAGGUGAAUGUAAAACAAGUGGACUCACUUGGAUGCGUCCUCCUGCUGGGCCCUACCCACACAUUUCAUGCUCAGGUCAUAGAUUUGGAUUUGGAUGGAUGUCACAUAAAAAUCCUCCACUGGUUAAAUAAAAAAAUAUUUUUAAAAAAGCAUAAUUGCGGGAUAUGACGGAAAAUACUUUAUAGGCCACAAUGGAUUUUUAAAAAUAGGUCAUAGGACCAAGUGGCCACUGCUGGCGUUGUAUCCAGCUCCGUUAAUAAGUUCACGUUUCAAACAUUCAAGCAUGUUGUACCUGCGACCUCAUCCUCGUCACUGCGACAUCACCGACCAACACAGAAGUUUAUAUGCCGCAUGUAUUUUUCAAACUUUAUGAUCAGGGGCAAAUGUUGAGCAAACCAGUGUACAUUUACAAAAUAACAAAUGUGGCCAUUCAUCCAUUUUCAUACUGGCUGUUCCUCUGGGCCCUCAGAUUUAUUAAAAAACAACAUUUUUUGUCAGUUAAAUAUAUAUUUUUUGUUUUGAUUAUGUAAUAUUGGGUGCAAUUAGUAAAUGAGUAGGAAUGAUGUUUGAAACUUUUCUCAUUACCAGUUGAAACGACUGUCAUGUCACUUCCUGAUUCUGAAUAUUUGUGCAUUGUUCAUCUUUUUCCUUUUCUGUUCGUGGGUUAUCUCAAAUCUCUUCACGUCGACUACUGAGUCUGCCUUAAUGAAGAAAAACGUUAAUUUAUUGAGUUCCAUGGCUAGGAGCCAUCGUCAGAUCGGAUUGUACUUGAGUGUGUUGGCGUGUGAUCGUGUACGAGUGAAGCAAAAGAAAAUAUUAAAUUUAGUUUUCUGUUAAGGAAAAUAAAUCACCUUAUUAUUGUGAGGAAAUGUGUGAUUGUUCUGUCUGAAUGAUUAUUUCUUUUUUGUUCAUAUAUUUCUGGGUUGAUGAGAAAAUGCUGUCAUGUAAGUUUGUGGAGACUGUGGUUUACAAUGUUUCAUUCUAAUAAAGUAAGAAUUUAAAAAAAAAAAAAGGA